CCUGUGUUAUUAUUGAGAAAUCCAGAAGUGGUUUCUUAUGACGAUAGAUGGCUUUGCAGACGAAGGAUUUCCGCGUGACGUAAUAGGAGAUCAUCUGAAGAGAAGAAAAAAAAGAGAAGUUCAAAAAGUCCAAGUUUUGUACAGGCAGUAUGAUGUAUCUGCCCAGCUUUAGGUUCAUACAGUUUCUCCGGUUUUUACCGUUCGGUCUAUGAUAACUUGAGUUAGGGGUAUUAUUCAGUUCGACUAAUCUCACGAUCUUAUCCCAGUUGCUUUAAAUCUGCAUGUAAAACAACGGUAGGAUCCUGUUAAGGUCUUGCAUCAUACUCGUCAUUUCCUGAGAGCACAAUGGAGAGGUGGUUCAAAAUUUGUUUGUUAUUAUGCCUCUUUGGUGUUCUUAAGGAAUUGAGGCCUUCUGAACCAUUUUUGACAGAGUACCUUGUUGGUCCAUGGAAAAACUUGACUACAGAUCAGGUUUAUUCAGAAAUUUUCCCAGUUUGGACCUACUCGUACCUGGCACUUUUAGUUGUGGUUUUCCUGGUCACAGAUUUUUUGUUGUACAAACCUGUAAUUGUGUUUGAAGGAAUAUGCUACAUAAUGACAUGGUGUGUCCUUAUCUGGGGUCAAGGAGUAGCAGCAAUGCAGGGAGUGGAGUUUUUGUAUGCUGCCGCUACAGCUACCCAAAUUGCAUACAACACCUAUAUUUAUGCUCAAGUACCUCUGUCCAAGUUUCAGGUGGUCACAGCGUACACUCAAGCUGCUCUGUUGACAGGCAGAUGUGUUGCAGGUAUUUUGGGUCAGGUGCUCGUUGCAACUGGACUGUGUGACUAUUACACCCUAAACUUUAUAUCCCUGGCUUUUGUUUCGGCGGCAACUGUUGUCGCGUGUUUUCUACCCAGUGUAUCUCAAUCCAUCUAUUUCCAUCGUGGAAAGCCAAGAGAAGACGACAAAGCGCAGGAUCAGCUCAAUAGCCAACAAACGCACGAUGUAAAAGAAGUUCAUCAGAUUACAACUGAAGAUAGCGAAUCGGAACCCGAAUGGACGUUGACAUCGGUCUAUCGUCUUCUUUGGAUUGAUUUCAAGGCUUCAUUUUCAAAUGCAUACAUGCUCAAGUGGUCUCUUUGGUGGGCAUUUGCGAUGUGCGGUUACUUUCAAGUACUGAACUAUAUCCAGCCACUGUGGGAAACAGUGGCUUAUACUUCGGAAGCAACCAAUAUCUACAAUGGCGCUGUAGAAGCACUACAUACUUUUUUGAGCGCUCUGGCAAUUGUGGCCAUUGGCUAUACCCCUGUCAAUUGGUCCAUAUACGGCGAGCCUGUAAUAGCUGUGAUAUCGUUAUUUGAAGGUGCUAUGUUAUACAUAGCUGGAACGACAAAUGAGCUAUGGGUGACGUAUGUCACAUACAUGGCAUUUUGCAUAACUUACAGUGUACUCAUAACUAUUGCUAGUUCAGAGGUGGCCAAAGGGUUGAAACAGGAGAGCUAUGGGCUGGUAUUCGGAAUCAAUACUUUCCUAGCUCUCUUUUUCCAGACCAUUCUUACUUUGAUUGUGGCUGACAGUGCCGGACUUGCGCUCGCCCCACCAGAUCAAUUUAAAGUAUAUGGGGGUUACUACGUUGUCCUUGGUGUCGUGUUUAUUUCCAUGGCAGCCUAUAACGCCGGACGUCGAAGUGGUCGACAUCGUGCGGAAACGUAGGACAAUUGUAAUUGAUAAUAUGAUUCUUUAGGCAACGCAACAAGUCUUUCCAGUUAUAGAAAAGUAGAAGGUGCAAAUAUCUCUAGUCGUGAAAGAGGACAAAGAUUUAAUAUUUUAGCACAAAACAAUAAA